AUGCCAACCCGCAGCACCCUCGCGCACCAGCUGCGCACUGCCCACCCUUCAACCGAGCCUUUCCUCCGCGCCUUCCUCCUCGGCUACGCAGCGCAGUCCGUCCCCGCCCUAAUCCGCAUCCUCCUCUCCUCCCUCCUCUCCCGCGCGCGCAAACCCCCCUCCCAAGUCUUCUCAGACCUCCUGAAAGCCAUUGCGCGCGGUUUCAACCCCCGCGGAUUGGGCGUCGCGUUUGGAGUGGCGAUUGGAGGAGCCAAGUGGGCGGAGGAGGUGGUUGAGCCUGUUGUGCGAUCUGCGUACGCGGCGGGCGUUGCGCGUGCGCGAGCGGUGCGCGAGGGGAAGGGGAAAGCGAGGGAGACGGAGGGUUCGCUCGAGGCGGAACAGCAGCGCGUCGUCGAGGACGAAAGGAACGUCAAGGUCCUCUCGACCUUUGUCGCGGCGACCGUCUCGUCCCUCGUCGCGCUGCUCGUCCUCCAGUCUUCGAAAGCCUAUCGCCGCCCCGCCCGACCCGCAGCCCAACCCGUCCCCGACCUCCAACCCGACUUCCUCAUCAGCCCCUACACGCCCGGUCCCUCUUCGACGCCUGACCCGACCCCGCGCAACUCGCGGCGCAUCCAGUCCCCCACGCUCGACUUGACGCUCUUCCUCUUCGUCCGCGGAACCGACACCUUCCUGCGCUACUUGUACUCGCGCGCGCCUGCGACGCAGCCAGGCAAAAAGGGCGCCUUGAUUCGCCUCCUCGCCUCGCAUGGAGACACGCUAGUCUUCUGGCUCGCCUGCUGGAGAAUCAUGUUCUCCUUCUUUUACUCGCCGCACAAACUCCCGCCGGGCUACUCCAAGUGGAUCAUGCAGCUCGCCCGACUCGACCCGCGCUUGUUGCAGCUCCUCCGCUUCGCGCGCGAGGGGCGCUACGUCUAUGGACGGGACGCAGACGCCGAAGUCGUACGCGUGUGCGAGGGGAUCGCCAGAGCGAACGGGAAACCACUCGCGUCCGUCCACCCGCUGCACACGCGGCGAAUCGACUGCGCGCUCGUGCAUGGUCGAGUUGGUGCGGGGACGUGCGAGCAGAACGCGCUGAAGCGAUGGGUUCGCGCGUUCCUCGACUGCCUCGUCAUCUACCUCCCCGUCCACGCGAUCCCGCAACUGCUCUUCAACCUCCGCCGCAUCCUCGCCCAACCUUCCUCCUCCCUCGCGCGCAUCCUCCUCGCUGCCUCCCGCUCCUCCGCGUUCCUCGCAACAUUCGUCGCCUCAAUCUACGCCUCGGUCUGCCUCGUCCGGACCCGACUGCCCGGCCUACUUCCCUCGGUCCCGCAACAGCCGCUCGACGGGGGUUUGUGCGUCAUGCUCGGAUGCGCGGUGUGUGGGUUCUCGGUGCUCAUCGAGAACAAGAGGAGGAGGAGGGAGAUGGCGCUGUAUGUUGCGCCGAGGGCUCUCUACGCAAUGCUCGACGACCUGAUUCCCCCCUCACUCCUCCGCGGCCGCGUCGGCGACCUCCUCUCGACCCUCCUCGAAUGCCUCGUCUUCUCCUUCUCGGCAGGGACAGUCAUCACUGCUGCGGUGCACAGGCCAGAGUUGGUCAGUGGGGUGGUGAAGGGUGUGACGGGGUUUGCGGUGGGACGGUGGGGAGGGGAGAGGAGGAGGUAG